AUGAACGGCAUCAGCGACUCAGGCGCCGGUGUGCUGAGAGGGGUCACCGCCUUGUCAACCGGAACCAUCAUCGGAAUUCUCGACGCCAUAUCAUCGAUUUUCAGCACCACUACCCAGGUGAGCUAUCACGCGAAGAGGGCCUUAAGCAGCAUCAAUAGAUCCGGGACAAAUGCCGUCACUUCGGUGAUCGGAACGGCGGGGGCCAUCGUCAGCGGAACUUUGGAUAAAACUGGUCAGGUUAUAAACGCCAUGAGGUUCGCGCCACGGCGACCAAUCAACGAUCACGAAGCCAACGUCCAAGGGGGUAGUGAGUCCCAACGUGCACUAACUCUUAGCUUCCCGGCUCCACCAAGGAACUUACUUCCUCCGGAUGAUGAUUCUGAUGCUUCUGAUGAGGCGGCGAGCCAGCCUAAAGCGAAUUUAACUCUAGUGCGAGAUGAAAAAUUUGAUUCAUCUAGAGCCAUGCCCGAUAAUCUCCAAAAUUACGAAAGUCGUCCUCCAGGGACGGUGACUCGAACUGGAGAAGGGUCUACCACCGAUUCUCAAAUUUCACAGAGUCCGGAAUCUCAGUCUCAAAGGGUGCCUUCGUCCGAAAACGAAGAUGAAAAAGCAGAAACUUCUGAUAACGCUUCAAGAGGAACGAAGCAUUCUGAUGAGCACGAUAUAAGACAAGAAAAUUCCGAAAAUCGCAAUCAGAAAACGAAUAGAACCAAUAGCGAGACUGGCGGAUCGGAACCUCCCGUUGAUCGAGAUAUAGGAUCGGGAACUUCGGAUGCGAUACCUCAAAAAAUGGUAAAAAAUGAUGCACUGGAAAAACGGCCGGAAAAAACCGACGAACUCCAUCAAGAAUCGGAGGGUUUGACAAACCGCACUGACAAAGAGCAGGCUGCUAAUCCCGUUCAAGGAGCGAUGGUCACUAGCAAUCGCUCUGGAAAAUCAGGAGCCGUAGAUAGACAAUCUUCGGCCUUUGAAACUUCUGAAGGCCUUCCUGACAGUGUAGCUCAGAAGGAGCCAGAAACUUUAAACCAACAACAGUCACAAUUGAAAACGCUCGAUAAAUCGUCCAAAAACCACGAACAAGAUUCAAAAAUUGUAGGCGGUCGUCUUGUGGAGCUAAAACCUGUCAACGAACAUUCUUCAGACUUGGGAAUUUCAGGAGGCUCUGCUAAUAGUCAUUUUCAAGUUCCGGAAGCUGCAAAUAAUCACUUGGGUGAGCUACAGGCACCGAAUGAACAGCUACCAGAACCCGCGAAUUCUGGAAAUUCUUUGAGGAAACAUAUUCAACAGCAGGGAGCUGUAGAUGGUCAAUCUGCAGGACCAGUGACUGUAGAUGAAAACUCUUCAAAAUCGGCAGCUUUUAAAAGCUCUUCCAACAACUAUCCCCAAGAGCAGACAGUAAUAGAUGAUCUUUCCACACGACCAGAACAUUUAAAGAGUUCUUCUGAUAGUCUUACGCACGAUCCAGGUAAUGAAGGCCCAGAGGGACAAGUUUCAGGUGAAAAUCGGUCAGAGUCAUCAAUUUCUAUCAGUUCUACAAACAAUCAAACAGAAGAGUUAAAAGCUGCAAAUGAUCCUGCAGAUCUAAAAACCACAGAGGAGCGAUCGCCGAACUACCAAACUUUUGGAGGCACUUCUGACACUCAUUCUGAAGAUUAUAGAGCUCCCGAUACUGGCUUUAAAGGACCAGAAACAUCAAAUAAAGAACUAUCAAAAUCAGCAAAUUCUGAGCAUUCUCCCGACGAUCACAUACGAGAUCAGAAAUCUGCAGAAGAUCGACCAGAUUUAGAUACAAAACUUUCGGAAUCCUCAACCUCAAAUAGUACACCCAACAAUCGUGUCCAAAAUGAGAGCCAGUCAGAUGAUAGCUCUAUAGGUUCAAAAGUUUCAAAUAAUCAACCCUUAAGAUUCGCGAACUCUAACGCUCAGACUCCAGGAUUAAUAGGUGCAGAAGACAUUGCAGAAAAAUCAGGCACCUCGGAAAAAUACUCACCAGAAACGGUGCCUUCCAACAACCACGCCGAUGUCCCAGACACUUCAGGGAAAACUGCUUCCGGACCUGGUGGUUCACCCUUCCAUCCUCAAGAAUCCUUAGUUCCUAGCAGUUUGUCUAAUAAUCAUAGCUCCGCACCGAAAAAUUCCGAUGAUAGUCCGCGAGUAUCUCAUACUUCGGAACUUCAUGCUUCGGAAGCAUCAACAUCUGAUAAUCCCGCUGAAAAUCAAAGUAAACCGUCGGACGCAAAUGAUCACCCUCCAGUUGAAAAAUUAGUCGAUCCAUCAAACAGGUUUUCAACCCCUGAAAGUCAUUUUCAAAGGCCAGACUCUUUGGAUGAUCCGUCCAAGAGAUCAGACGACUCGAAUAAAUCAGCGAAAGAAGUAGCUUCAACUGUCGAUGACACCACUAAAAUAUCAGAGAGUCCCUCAGAUCCUACACUAAAUACCACUAAUGACACUCAACAAGACCUAGAGGGAGGUUUGCAGAAAGCUGAUUUUAGUGAGAAAAAUCAGCAUGAUAAAGUAGGCGACACCUCGCCGUUUUCCAACGAUGGUGAAUCGUCAUCUUAUAAUACUGGUCAAGGACCAUGGGCCGAUCGAACACAUGACAGAGGAACCCAUAGUGAUGAAAAACAUCGAAUUUUGAAUAGUGGUUCAAAUAACAAUGAUCAUAUCGAAAAGAAAGGUGGUGCUGAAUUGAUGAGCAUUAGCAGUAACGAGGCGUCAACGGAGGAAUCUACAAGCGCAGUGAUGGAAGCUGAAAGCUCGGAAUCAGAAAAAACUGUGAGAGAAAAUUUAGAGUUUUUAGGAAACACUUCGAAAGACAAGAAUAAUAAUGAUAUCUCCGUUUAA